AUAAUGGAGAAAUCGAAACUUCACUUUCUUAAUCGGCCGAUCCCAUCUCAGCCGUCCAUUACAUAGAUCAAAUAGCUCAUUAGAAAUAGGAGGGAAAUGAUGAGAGCCGUCGAUGACUGUGUCCACUGAUAUAAAAUCACUCUUUAGGUCUGACAAUUUCCUCACACGCUCUCUCUCACUCCACUCUCACUCUAUCUUCGAUCGAGUAGAGAUACUUCUUACUCGAUCACCUGUUGAUUUUCCUGGUUCCUCUCGCCAACUUACAGGAAAAUGAGAGAAAUCCUUCAUGUUCAGGGAGGCCAGUGCGGGAACCAGAUUGGUUCCAAGUUUUGGGAGGUUGUUUGUGAAGAGCAUGGCAUAGAUCCAACUGGACGAUAUGCUGGUACUUCCGAUUUGCAACUGGAGCGUGUCAAUGUGUACUACAAUGAGGCAUCAUGUGGCAGGUUUGUGCCUAGAGCAGUGCUUAUGGAUCUUGAGCCAGGAACCAUGGAUAGUGUCCGUACUGGACCAUAUGGUCAGAUCUUCAGGCCCGACAAUUUCGUGUUUGGUCAAUCUGGUGCUGGAAACAAUUGGGCCAAAGGGCACUACACCGAGGGAGCUGAGCUGAUUGACUCUGUUCUAGACGUAGUGAGAAAGGAGGCUGAGAAUUGUGAUUGCCUUCAAGGUUUCCAGGUGUGCCACUCACUUGGUGGAGGAACUGGUUCUGGCAUGGGCACCCUGCUGAUCUCGAAGAUCAGGGAAGAAUACCCUGAUAGGAUGAUGCUUACAUUUUCCGUGUUCCCUUCCCCGAAGGUCUCGGAUACAGUGGUUGAGCCUUACAAUGCCACCCUCUCAGUGCACCAACUUGUUGAGAAUGCUGAUGAAUGCAUGGUCCUCGACAAUGAAGCUUUAUAUGAUAUUUGCUUUAGGACCCUCAAACUUACCACUCCGAGCUUUGGUGAUCUAAACCACUUGAUUUCUGCAACAAUGAGUGGAGUCACUUGCUGCCUUCGAUUCCCCGGUCAACUCAACUCUGAUCUGCGAAAGCUUGCUGUUAACCUCAUCCCGUUCCCCCGUCUGCACUUUUUUAUGGUGGGGUUUGCUCCACUGACAUCUCGUGGCUCUCAGCAAUACCGUGCUCUGACUGUGCCAGAGCUCACCCAACAAAUGUGGGAUUCCAAGAACAUGAUGUGCGCUGCUGACCCGCGCCAUGGACGUUACCUCACUGCCUCAGCUAUGUUCAGGGGCAAGAUGAGCACCAAGGAAGUUGAUGAGCAGAUGAUCAAUGUCCAGAACAAGAACUCUUCCUACUUCGUGGAGUGGAUCCCCAACAACGUCAAGUCUAGUGUGUGUGACAUUCCUCCAAGAGGUCUUUCGAUGGCAUCAACCUUCAUUGGGAACUCGACCUCCAUUCAAGAGAUGUUCAGAAGGGUGAGCGAGCAGUUUACGGCCAUGUUCAGGAGGAAGGCUUUCUUGCAUUGGUACACCGGUGAAGGCAUGGACGAGAUGGAGUUCACCGAGGCUGAGAGCAACAUGAAUGACCUCGUCUCCGAGUACCAGCAGUACCAGGAUGCCACGGCAGACGAUGAAGAUGAAUAUGAGCAGGAUGAAGAGGCCGAGGAUGACAUGUGAAGAAAGCGGACCCACCCCACUCGACUCCCCCCUACCUACCUCGUACGUGUUUCCUUUGUUUCGUUACGUAUGUAUUUGGAAAUACUUAUAUAUCUCGGUUUUUCUGUUGGUCUGUGUUUCUGCUGUGAGAGAGGUCUGAAAACUAGCUGGUUUUCUUCAUCCCAAUGCCUUAGUAUUAGCCAUAUGAAAAAGUCUGGGGAGAGUUUGUUAUUACCAUUGUGGAGUUAAAUAUCAUUGUGUUGUAUGUUUGAUUACUA